CCCCACGUGGAACACCUGGCCGUCGCUGGUCCCAGUACUGUCUCUGGCGCGGCCUGGUCGCUCGCCAACCGCUGGUUCGCCGACUGUACCGCGUCUCACCCGGGCUGUGGGCCAGAAGACCCGAGCUUCCUGCCUACGAGGCUGCUCCAGAUCAGCCCUGACCCAUCAGCACCAGUCAGACUCGUCGUCAUGGCCGAGGAGAACCUCGCUUCUCCCCACCUUCGCUACGCAAGCCUGAGCCACUGCUGGGGCGGCGCCGAUGUGCCGACCCUGACCUCGCGCAGCAUCGCCGGCCUGAAGCAGCCAGGCAUCCCCGCGAGCUCGCUGCCCAGGACCUUUGCCGAGGCCGUCGCCAUGGUUCGCAGGCUGGGCCUCGCGUACCUAUGGAUCGACUCGCUAUGCAUUGUGCAGGACUCGGCCGACGACUGGGCGUCCGAGGCGGGCAUCAUGGGCGACGUGUACAGCAACAGCACGCUCAACAUCAUGGCCACGGCCUCCCGCGACAGCCACGGGGGUCUGGCCCGCGAGCGCGACCCCGAGGCUGCCCUGCGGCUCGUCUGCGUGGAGACUGCGUGGUUGCAGAUACAAGGCCAGACCACCAGAAGGACAUAUCAUCUCGCGAUCCAGGACAUGUGGCGGACGGCGGUCGCCGAGGCGCCACUCAACACCCGCGGGUGGGUGCUCCAGGAGCGCGUCCUGUCGCCGCGGGCGCUGCAUUUCGGCAGCCAGCAGCUCCUGUGGGAGUGCCGAUCCCUCAGCGCCUGCGAGACUUUCCCCGCGGGACUGCCCGAGCUGCUGCUCGACGAUGUGGACCGCAUCAAGCCGCUCGACGCCUCUGCGAACGUUUUGAAGAACAAAGAACAGCAGCUGGUGCAGGCGAGGCGAGACGCGUGGCUGUCCGACACGUCGUCGCUGUGGUCGAACUGGGUCGAUGCGUACAGCGCGGCCAAGCUGACCCGGCGCUCAGACAAGAUGGUUGCCAUCAGUGGGCUGGUCAAGAAGAUGCGAGCCAUGCGCGGCGGCGACAGGUAUCUCGCAGGGCUCUGGCGGACCGGGCUGAUUGAUCAACUGCUCUGGUAUGCGAUUACACCGGCCCCUUCACUGAAAGCAUCGCAACCGUCAACGGGGAUACCAAGCUGGAGCUGGGCAGCCGUAGACACCGAUGUAAUUCCUGGGCUCCCUACAAGCCACGAUGGGGUGCGUCGGCACAUCAAGAUCAUUGACGUGAGCACCUCGCCUGCCUUUGAAGGGGACGACACAAGUGCUCUGCGUGGAGGCGAGCUUCGCGUCAAGGGCAACCUCGUACCGGGCACCAUGACUGCAAACACAAUUCAUCUCGAUGGGAUUGGAAAGCUCGACGCCGAGGUGCAUCCGGACGAAGAGGGAGUUCACCGUUUGAAUGUUGUGUUGUUGCCAGUCAUGACGGACUACAGGGGAGCCAACCCUGAAGUAUCAGCCUUGCUGCUCCAGCGCGCAGAUACUAAACCACCGGGCUACUAUCGUCGUGUGGGUUGUGUCACAACGGUCUCGAAUAGGCAAUUGAUAGGGGGGCAUGACGAAUUGAUACGCGGGCAUGACCCUUAG